AUGGGUAGCGCCGUAGCCGAGAAGACGGAGGAAGAGCUCCGGAAAGAGAUCGAAGAGCUCCAGCGCCAAGAGCAGGAGAUUGCAGAGAGGCUUCGUCCUCGUAGGGGUAUUCGCCGGGGAGGCUUUUUGGGCCCUGGUCCUCGGAAUUUCGCUGUCAAUGGCAAUCGCCAGCGCGGCUUUGUUCGACCCGCUGAAAGGACGAAAUCCGAAGACCAACCCCCAGCCAAAAGGCGGCUGUCUUCGGCUGUUGUUAAGCUUGAGGAUGGGGAGAUAAUUGAGGACGCUGCGGAGGCCGUGGAGGAAGCGAAAAAGAAGGAUUCAACUGCGGAAGGAAGUGCUGAAGCUGUCAAUGCAAGCCAGAGUGAGAAAAAGCAACCCGGUUGGUUUAGGAGUGAUGGCAAUCACAAACCAUCUAAGAUGGACCUGGAAAUACCUCCGAGAGUGCAUUUUCCGAGGGUAUUGCCUAAGAAUGAGGACCCGAGUUUGGUUAAUAGGAAUAAAAGAAUGCUGGGUCAGCUCUUGGGGACAUUGGAGAAAUUCAGGAAAGAAGACAUGAAACUUUCUGGCACAGAGGCUUACAUGCGGAGGUCAGAUUCUUUGAAAAGAGCUGAGCAAAGAGCACGUGAAGAAAGUGAAAAGCUGAGGCAACAGCAACGUGAACAACUUGCAGAAAAGCGGAAGAGAGAUCUGACUCUACGAGCACGUGUUGCUGCUAAGGCAGAAGAAAAGGAGUUGGAAUUGCUGUUUCUUCGGUGGAGUGAGCACCACAAAAAACUUGGCAGUUUUACCAGGACUAAGGCAGAGCCUCCGAUAUAUUUCAUGUUUGCCAAACCAAUGGAUGACGAUGCUACAUUGGCUGAACAGCGGAAGGAACAGGUAUUUGAGGAAUGGAAGGCUUCUAGGAGAGAGGAGCUUUCUCAAUACCAGAAGCAGAUUGGUGAACAGUAUCUUGCCAAUGUUGACAAGGAAUUCGAGAGGUGGCAAAAUGCAAGAAGAGGUAGGAAACCAACCGAUGAUAUGGCAAACUUACAAGAGACAAUGGACAAAGAACUGGAGACCCAUAGGCUAGAGCAUGGACCCAAGACACGAAAGAUCCCCGGUGGAAGCAACAAUGAAGAUGAAGAUGAUGUUGAAGACAUCAAUGUUGCAGAGGAUGACAUGAUGGAUGAUGUGCUGGAUGUCGAAGAGAACAGCAGGAGGGGUGGUGAUGAAACAGUGAAGCCAGAAGCAGCUAAUGUUAGCCCACAACCAGAUAAAAGGGAUCAGUAG